AUGGGAACCAAUACUCCCACCAACGAGAAGCCGCCGACGGCGGCGGCGAAAAGCUACACCCCACUGUUCGAAACAAACAGGAGAAGCACCAAAUCACAGCUCCUCAACAAGCUCUUCGCCGCCACCGUCCUCCUCGGGAUCUGCUCCAUCUGGUUCUACCGGUUCACCCACCCGGCCCCAACCACCCACCGUUGGGUCUGGGUGGGAGCUCUGUUCGCGGAGAUCUGGUUCGGCCUAUACUGGGUCCUCACCCAGGCCGGCCGAUGGGACCCGGUCUUCCGGUCCACCCACAAGGACCGGCUCGCCGCCGCCCACCCGGACCGGUCCCUCCCGCGGGUCGACGUCUUCGUGUGCACCGCGGACCACACGAUCGAGCCCCCGAUCCUUGUGGUCAACACGGUCCUCUCCCUCGUGGCGUACGACUACCCGCCCGACAAGCUCGCCGUCUAUUUAUCCGACGACGGCGCGUCGGAGUUCACGCUCUACGCGAUGCUGGAGGCGGCCCGGUUUGCGGGCAGCUGGGUCGGGUUCUGCAGGAGGUUCGACGUGGAGCCGAGGUCGCCGGAGGCGUAUUUUGCGGCGGCGGCGGGGGAAAAGUCAGAAGGUGGCGGUGGUGGUGGUGGGUGGGAGGAGGAGUUGGUCGCCGUCAAGAAACAAUACGAAGAAAUGAAGGAUCGAAUAGAAAGCGCAACCCAGAUGGGUCGAAUACCUGAAGAUGCACUUUUACAACACAAGGAAGCAUUCUCCCAUUGGGAUGGCAACAACAAAUAUUCAUGGCGACGUGACCAUCCCACCAUUCUCCAUAUUUUGAUCGACGGCAGAAACCCACCACCUGCCGACGGCGUGAACGGCAGCUCCCUGCACCUCCCCACUCUCGUCUACCUGGCCCGGGAAAAGCGACCCCAGCACCACCACAACUUCAAAGCAGGCGCCAUGAACGCACUGAUAAGGGUGUCGUCGAAGAUCAGCAACGCGCCGAUCCUGCUGAACCUGGACUGCGACAUGUACUCCAACGACCCUUCCACGCUGCGCGACGCCCUCUGCUUCUUCAUGGACGACCGCAAGAAUCACGACGUGGCAUUUCUUCAGCUCCCACAGAUGUUCGACAACGUUACCAAGAACGACAUCUACGGUUCUUCCUUGCUGGUCAUCUCUCGAGUGGAAUUCCCUGGUCUGGAUAGUUUCGGAGGUCCAAUGUAUAUAGGAUCCGGCUGCUUCCACAGGAGAGACGUUCUCUGCGGCCGAGACUUUGAUCCCAAUGGAUCCAAACUUGAUUGGACCAACUAUGGCAGAGAUCAUGAACAUACUGUGGAACAAUUGGAACGAGAAGCCAAGCCUUUGGCAGACAUUGCUUCCGAUCAUAACACUUUAUGGGGAACUGAGAUGGGUCUGAAAUAUGGGUGUCCAGUGGAAGACGUGAUAACGGGGCUGUCGAUCCAAUGCAAAGGAUGGAAGUCGAUGUAUUUCGACCCCAAGAGGGAAGCAUUCUUGGGGAAGGCGCCGACCACAUGGCCGCAGACAUUGGUACAACAUAAGAGGUGGUCGGAAGGCGAUUUCCAGAUCGUGCUGUCCAGGUUCAGCCCUGCUUGGUACGCAAGUGGCAGGAUCAGCAUUGGCCUCCAGAUGAUGUAUCUUUGCUACUGUUUGUGGGCUCCCAACUGCCUGGCUGUGCUCUACUACUCCAUCAUCCCUUCACUCUGUCUCCUCAAAGGCAUCCCAUUGUUCCCUCAGAUUUCAAGCCCAUGGGUCUUGCCAUUCGCAUACGCGGUGGCGGCCAAGUACUUGUACAGCCUGGCCGAGUUCCUCUGCUCUGGAGGCACCAUCCUGGGAUGGUGGAACGAGCAGAGGACGUGGUUGUACAAGAGAACGUGCUCCUACCUCUUCGCUUUCGUGGACACCAUCCUGAAGACGAUGGGGUUCGGCGAGUCGGGGUUCGUGAUCACGGCCAAGGUGGCCGACGAGGACGUGGCGAGGCGAUAUGACAAGGAGAUCAUGGAGUUCGGAGUGUCUUCUCCCAUGUUCAACAUCUUGGCCACCAUUGCAAUGCUCAACUUGUUUUCCCUCUCUGGUGUGGUGGUGAGGUGUUUGGUGGCUAAAGAUGGUGUGGGAGUCAGAGUGGUGUUUGAUGAUAUGGGGUUGCAGUUGUUGCUUUGUGGAGCUUUGGUUCUUAUCAAUUGGCCUCUUUACCAUGCGGUUUUCUUCAGGAAGGAUAAAGGAAGGAUGCCUGGUUCUGUUACAGCUACUGCUUUGGUCUCUGCUCUUGUUGUUUGUACUAGCUUUGUUUUCUUGUAUUGAGAAUCUGGGGGAUGAGCUAGGUUUUCAUAUUUUUGUUGUUAGAAAAAGGUUUCCUUGACAAUAUUGUUGGCUCUUUAGGGAUUUGCUUCUUUCACCAAUGGGAUUGGUUUUCCUCAAGGUUUUUUCACUCUUGAAAAUAAUAUUUUUGGGAUUAUAGAUAUCUUUUUCUGCAAAAUUACUUGUAUUACAACAUGAUAUGUACUAAUGAUUAACUCAUGAUUUUGUUUUGUG